AUGUGGCCAUCGCUCGCUAGCGGAGCGCCCAUUCCCGAUCCCAAUCUGAAACCUGACCUAUCCCCCCAGCCAAUAGCCCACAUUCAGCCGGCACAGCCACCGCCUACCGUUGCGUUAGAUGUCUGGAAGCCAUACGUGCUUCGAGACAAUCCAGACACAUUCACAGACCUCUACAUCGACGUCCCCAAGCCCAUUGUGCAAGACCCCGUGUACGACUUGGAUUUUGACGAUGAAACGACGCACAUAAAGCAUGAUGCGCUGCCCUUACCUCCGGAUCCGUACAUACCUGAAAUCUCAUUUAAUCUUCCACCUCCAGAUCCCCAGCACUCUGUGCCUCCCAGAGAUGAGCCAACGAUUAGUGCAGUCGAAUUCGUGGACACGUGCCCUGUUCCUUGGCUCACCCAGAAACCUACGCAUGGCUCUACCGACAUCCCCGAGACGGAGUUGUUACCCUCCGAGGCGCCGCGUACAGUCAAAGACAUGCUAACAUGGCUGGCGGGACUGCAGCAUCAAAAGCAUCAAGAGACUCUGGAAAAGUGUAUUAACAACGCUUUCAAGCGCGGCGAUGAUGUGCCUUCAGAUCUCCGACUCCCAGUCAACGAUUCUAGCAUCGCCGCCAGAGAUGUCCUUCAGACCAUCCACCUUGCCGCCGUGUUCGCAGCUUCAGUGCUAUCUUCAGUUGCACCUAACUGGAAACGGCGGGCGUCUGCGGCAACUGUGGAGCGUAAGGAUCACGAUGAACCGAAGGACCCUGAUUGCUGCGCUCUCCUCUGCCAGCUGCGGGACUACGUCUACGCCUGCUGCCACCAGUUGGAGUUCCUGAAGUCGCAGUGUUCUCGGGAUACCAAACAAGGUGGCUGGCAGGAUUGUUAUUAUGGCCGUGAUGUAUCAUCUCCCAACUCCCCCCUCCAGGCCUUCCUGACUGACGCCCCGGAUUCCAAGUUCAAGACUCACCCCUUCGACCCAUGUGACAUCUGCCGCAAGAGCCGUGUCAGCAUGGGAUUCAAGCACAGUGAUUUGCCUGUAUCUCAGCAAACUGGCAACAUUCUUCUCACCAUCCUCACUCCCACCUGCGGCGGCGACGAUCCCUUGAUGACACUGGCCUCCUACCUCAACGUCCUCACCAGACGGACGCCGCGCACCACCGGAGAGCUUGUCUCGUUCUUCCACCAUUUCGGAAAUGCACUGCAACAAUCAUCUCCACUGGGCUCCGCCCUCUCCCAGCCACAUCCUCACUGCCCCGGCUGGGACGCUCUUGCUGCCGACGACCUCAAUGCCAUCCAGUACAUCCGGGGCCCCGCCCCUCCCACCUCCAACCACGACAAGGACCAUCCCAAGACCCUGUCCGCAAUAAUUGGCUGCGGCAUCGAUAAUGUCGACUGCCCACAACUCAUGAAGACCAUCACCUACCGGGCCUACGCCCUGUACUCUCCGACCUUCGCCCAUACCUACCUCAGCUGGGCGGUGUACCUGGCAGACAGACUGUGGGACUCACUGCUCAAGCUUCACUAUGAUCUCGAGAACCUUCAAUGUCACGACUCCAAGUCCAAGCCCCUCCACCAGUGUACCAAGGCCCUGCCGCUGCUCUACACUCACGGCAUCACCCCGCCGGACGGUGUAUUGCAACCAUCACUCACGUGUUCGGACGUCAUCACCAAAUUGGAGGAAGUGGUCGCCGGAAAGCCUAUCUCAAGCCUCAUUACCUCUAUGGACCUUUUCCUUUACGGCAUCCGUGCCCCCUUCCUCUACACUGUGUUCACACUCUGGCUCACCGCCACGCUCUACAUCACCCACACGAUGUUGUACCGCAUGGACGUCCUGCGCAUCCGCUCCCACCUCCUCACCACCAGGGCCUCACACCUCAUCGACGUCAAGGCGCUGCUCGCCGGAAGCCGCAGGAUGCUCUCACUCUACCACGACGUCGAUUACUUCGACGACGACUUUCACUCAUGA